GCCGCGCCGCAGCCAAUGGGCGCGCAGGGGGCCGCGCGCGGUGCGGGGGCCGCGCUGGCUGGUGCCGCUGCCGGGCUCGGGGCGCGACCGGCCGGCGGGGCGGCCGGCGGGAAGAUGGCGGUGGCGGGCUCCGGCUGGAGCCUGGCGCGGCUGGCCGAGGCCCUGGGCUCGUCGGAGCAGGCGCUGCGCCUCAUCCUGUCCAUCCUCAUGGGAUAUCCUUUUGCCUUGUUCCAGCGCUAUUUCCUCUUCCAGAAGGAGACCUACCUCAUUCACCUCUACAACGUGUUCACAGGACUCUCAAUUGCUUACUUCAAUUUUGGGACACAGUUUUUCCAUUCCCUGAUAUGUGUCCUAAUCCAGUUCCUGAUACUGAGACUAAUGGGUCGCACAAUCACUGCCGUCAUCACCACAUUUCUCUUUCAGAUGACAUACCUUAUGGCUGGAUAUUACUUCACAGCCACAGAGCAUUAUGACAUCAAGUGGACAAUGCCACAUUGUGUCUUGACACUUAAGUUGAUUGGUCUGGCCAUUGAUUACUAUGAUGGAGGAAAAGAUCCGGAGUUCCUGACCCCUGAGCAGCAGCGAUUUGCUGUUCGGGGGGUUCCUACCUUGCUGGAGGUCUCAGGAUUCUCCUAUUUCUAUGGUGCCUUCAUGGUUGGGCCUCAGUUCUCCAUGACAGACUAUCAGAAACUGGCAAGGGGUGAGAUGACUGACGUUCCAGGCCAGAGACCCAAUAGUUUUGUGCCUGCUCUCAAGCGUCUGAGCCUGGGUCUCUUGUUUCUAGUAACCUACACCUUGUCAAGCCCCUAUGUGUCUGAUGAGUACCUCACCUCAGAUGAAUAUAUGGAGAAGCCUUUCUGGUUUCGUUGUGGUUACAUAUUGAUCUGGGGCAAAAUGAUACUCUACAAAUACGUAACUUGCUGGCUUGUUACGGAAGGAGUCUGCAUCCUUGUUGGUCUGGGGUACAAUGGGAAAGACCAGAACGGAAAGCCUUUGUGGAAUGCCUGUGCCAACAUGAAGGUCUGGCUGUAUGAGACAACACCUUUGUUCACAGGGACCAUUGCUUCUUUCAACAUCAACACCAAUGCUUGGGUGGCCCGCUACAUCUUCAAGCGCUUGAAGUUCCUGGGCAACAAACUGCUGUCACAGGCACUGGCCCUGUUCUUCCUGGCCAUCUGGCACGGGCUGCACUCUGGCUACCUGGUGUGCUUUCAGAUGGAGCUGCUGAUAGUCAUCGUGGAAAGACAGGCCAUGAACCUUGUUCGGGACAGUCCUGCCCUAAGCACUUUGGCCUCCAUCACUGUCUUGCGGCCCAUCUUCUACGUGCUGCAGCAGACUAACCACUGGAUGUUCAUGGGUUAUUCCCUGGUGCCAUUUUGCCUCUUCACCUGGGACAAAUGGAUGAAGGUGUACAGAUCUAUUUAUUUCUUCGGCCACGUGUUGUUCUUCACCUUACUGCUGGUGUUGCCUUACAUUCGCAGAUUAAUCGUGCCACGAAAAGAAAAGUUAAAAAGAGCAGAGUAACAGCCAAAAGAUUGUACCACCUGUGCAUUCGUAGGAGUUGAUUUAACACUCCGGAAGCAAAGCAUCACCUGCCAAGUUUGCUGUGUUGAAGUAUGACUAUUUUUCAACGCAAGGAGGGGGAAGGAGAAAGCACAGGGUCAGAGACCCGAA